AUGAGAUCUGUAAUAUGGAAAAUAUUUACGAAAAGCAAAUAUGGUCCUUUUGCCAGAUGUAAUAUUUGCAAAAAUGACUAUAAAACCAGUGGGAACACCUCAAAUUUAUUGGACCACUGUAAGCGAAAGCACAAAUUAGAGUUCGAUAGGUUACUGAAACAAAAUGAUGCUGAAAUAAACAAUGAAGCGAAUGAGGAAGAUUGUGAUGAUCCGGUUGCUGGUCCAACAGUUGUAAAACAACGAAAAGUCACAGUAAAAGAUUAUAUGACAAAGGAAUGUAUUCCUUACGAUAAAAAUAGCGACCGUAAAAUAACACUGGAUCAGUUAUUAGUGGAAUAUAUAGCACAUGAUCUAGAACCGUUUCGAAUAGUUGAACGAGAUUCCUUUAAACAAUUUGUUCACGAAUUAGAUAAGAAAUAUGAAUUGCCAUCUCGGACGCAUUUGAAGAAAGUUUUACUUCCGCAGCUUUACAAUAAAAGAAAAGUUGUCCUCGCUAAAAUUCUGUCUACUGUAAAUCAUAUAUCCAUAACAACGAACCUAUGGACGUCUACAGCAAAUGAUGGUAUUAUAACGAUAACAGCUCAUUUUAUAUAUGAUGAUGAUAUAAAGUCAGCGGUGUUAGAAACACGGAAAGUAGUAGGACACCACACAGCAGAGCAUAUUGCAGAGGAGCUGGAUGAGAUGUUACAAAAGUGGAACAUCCGUGAGAAAAUCGUCACGAUGGUGUCUGAUAAUGCGUCAAAUAUGAUAAAAACUGCUACAGUUUUAAAAGUUCGUCAUUCACCGUGUUUUGCACAUACGAUUAAUUUAGUCGCGUUAGAUGUAUUAGAAACGGAAAGCGUGAAACCAAUUUUAAAACAUGUAAAAGAGAUUGUUACAUAUUUCCGAAACAGUACGUUAGCAAUGGACAAGCUCCGUGAUAUGCAGAAACAGUUUCACAAAGAAGAGCUUAAACUUAUACAAGAUACUCCGACACGAUGGAAUAGUUCCUUCUAUAUGAUUCAGCGAAUAUUAAAACUUCGCGACCCAUUACUGUUAGCAAUGUCUGAAUUGCGAAAAUCUCCCCGUCUUUUGACAGCUGAAGAUGUGUUAAUUUUAGAAGAUUUAAUCAUAAUUUUAAGCCUUUUGGAAUUGGCGACAAAAGAUAUUUCUGGAAGUCUAUAUGUAACAAUGUCUUUAAUAAUUCCAUUGAUACAUGGUAUUUUAUCGAAAUUAAAUUCUAUCGGAAGUUCAAUUAAAACAGAUAUAGGAAAAGAAGUUUUCGAAAAAUUAAAAUCCUCAGUAAUAACUCGGCUUUAUCCGUAUGAAUCAAGAACAGCGAACAUUAUGGCAACGGUUUUAGAUCCGAGAUUACGCGCCGCGAAUCAAAUUGCGAAGGAAAACGCGCAACAAGUGAAACAACAAGCCAAGAAACAAUAUGAUAAAAGUGUAAAAAGGGAAAUCUUCGAGAUAGGAGACAAAGUCCUGCUUUACAAUGAGGCCUUGAGAAGGGGACGCUCAAAGAAAUUAGAAUCCCAAUGGGCAGGGCCUUACACGAUAGUGGAGAAACAUAACGAAGCGUCAAAGUUAUUCAGUUCCCCCGCGGAGUCGGACCCUGUUGUGCUAGCGGCACAACAUUAUUGGUGGCAGCGGUGGGAUCCGCAUCCGGGAGGAACAGGAAGCUCCAGCCAACCCCUGGUAGCCUGUAACAAACAAGUGCAAUUAAAGUACGGCAAAGAUCGAGCUAGCGAGAAGCAGCCAAGGCUAAGCCGAGCGCAGCAAGCACGAGUCAACCGGUAG